GUUGGAUCGGAGACAUGAACCGAUUUUAUUCCCUGGAGGCGGCAGAGCCACGAAAUGAGACGGAAGCCGAAGGGUCGUUCAAGUUCGUGUCCGAGGCGAAGAGGGAUGUGUGGAGGGAAGGCGGCGGAGAGGGGAGGUCGGAGCCGUCCUGUUGUCUCGGUGUCAGAAACAUUUCCUACACUGUCAGUGAGCGUGUUGGACAGUGGUGGGACUUGCCCUCCUGCAGGAAGAGAUGGACCCGUCAGAUCCUCAACGACGUCUCUUUCCACGUAGACAGCGGGCAGAUCAUGGGCAUUCUGGGUAAUUCAGGCUCGGGGAAAACAACACUGCUGGAUGCCAUUGCUGGCCGGAUCGGGAGCUCCGGCACCCUGCUGGGUGAGGUCUUCAUCAACGGCAGAAAGCUGAAGAGAGAAGAAUAUCAGGACUGUUUCUCCUAUGUCUUGCAGAGUGAUAACUUACUGAGUUAUUUGACAGUGGAGGAAACCCUGACUUACACUGCCCAGCUGGCCCUGCAGAAACACUCAGUGGAAGCCAUCAAGAAAAAGGUGUUGGCAGUGAUGGCCGAGCUGAGUCUCAGUCACGUGGCGCACAGUGUUAUUGGAGGUCGAAUUUUCCCUGGGAUCUCUGGCGGUGAGAGACGGCGGGUCUCCAUCGCCAGCCAGUUACUCCAGGAUCCAAGGGUCAUCUUACUGGACGAGCCAACCACUGGCCUGGACAGCAUGACGGCCAAUCAGAUCGUGGUGCUGCUGGCAGAGCUGGCUAGGAGGAACCGCAUCGUCAUAGUAACCAUCCAUCAGCCACGCUCAGAGCUCUUCAGGGUGUUCAGCAGGAUUGCCAUCAUGAGUCGGGGAGAGCUGGUGUUUUGUGGUCAGCCGGAGGAAAUGGUGGAUUUCUUCAGCCAGUGUGGAUAUGAGUGCCCAGAGUACUGCAACCCUUUUGAUAUCUAUGUCGACUUCACCUCCGUGGACACGCGCAGCAGUGAGAGGGAGGCCGCCACUUUCAGUCGGAUGCACGAGAUCACAUCGUCCUACCAGAGGUCGGCCAUCUACCAGAACAUGCUGGACAAAAUGGAGCAGAGCCUGCAGAUCUCAGACAAACCCGCCAUCCCCUUUAAAAACAAAGAGUCGCCCAACUGCGUUGCCAAGCUUGGAGUUCUGGUCAGGCGAACGGUCCGAAACCUCUCCAGAGACAGGAUCGGUGUGAUCAUGCGUCUGUCCCAGAACCUGAUCUACGGUUUCUUCGUGGCCUUCUUCGUCAUCCAUCUAGCCAUGGAUGUGACCAAGGGUGCAGUGCAGGACCGGAUAGGAAUGAUCUAUCAGUGCGUGGCCGCUUCGCCUUACACUGGCAUGCUCAAUGCUGUUUCUCUCUUCCCUGCGCUGCGAGCCAUCAGUGAUCAGGAGAGCCAGGACGGCCUGUACAGUAAAUGGCAAAUGUUCUUGGCCUACAUCGUCCACAUCUUGCCCUUCAGCGUCCUGAGUGUCGUCAUCUUCAGCUCCUUUAUUUAUUGGACGGUGGGGAUGCACCCGGACACGUGGCGCUUUAUGUGUUUUACUGCUGUAGUUCUUGUUCCCCAUAUAACGGGGGAGUUGCUGACCGUGGUGCUGCUGGGAGUGGUCCAGGACCCCAACAUGGUCAAUACUGGGAUGGCUUUACUUAACAUUGCAGGAAUCCUGGUGGGAUCCGGUUUCCUCAGAAGCACAGAGCAGAUGCCGAUGGUAUUUCAGUGGCUCAGUUACCUCACCUUCCAGAAAUACAGCUGUGAGCUUCUCGUUGUCACCGAGUUCCUCAAUCUGGAGUUCAACUGCAACGGAACCAAAUCCUUACCAGGAGGCUGUGUGGUCACUUCAGGGGAUCAGAUCAUCGACAUGGGCUACCCCGGUGCUUUGUCGCGGUACACACUAGACUUUGUUCUCCUCUACUCCUUCCUCCCUGCUUUGGUUGUGAUGGGAAUGAUCAGCUUCAGGAUCAGGGAUAAACUCAUCCGCCACUAAAAAGAAAACAUUCCCAUUAACGUGCCUUAAUUCUGGCAUGUCGGUCAGUUCUUCUCUGGUUCGGUUGUUGUAUUUUGUAGUUUACUGUAACUAUGCAGUCUGCUAUAAUGUAAAAAUGUGUUCUACAAAGUACAAGAACUUUCCGAUAGAUCAUGACUAAGAUGGCUGAUAAGUUUAAAUGAUCUUACUUUAAAGUUGAAAAACAUGAAACAAUAAAGACACGUGAAUUCAGC